AUGAGCACGACUGGAGCAUGCAUGGUAAGUCAAGAUUUCGGCAUUGUCGCCGAUAUGCAACCAUAUUCUAAGAGUCCAAGCUUUGUAGAACUCAGCAUGUCAAAUGCGUUUGGAGCGAGACCGCCGCGGAUAGCCGCCGAACUUGUCUUCGGUGCGCUUCAGCCAACAAGGUUUGCGAAAUUUGUCAUUUCCAACUCAAACUUGGGUUCCUUGUUCACGAAGAUAUUUGUGGACGAAACAUCUGAUGUUGAAGCCCACUACCUAUCGGAUUCGGAGAACCUAGGAACCCGUACUGAUGAUGGCUCGUUUCCAUCGUAUGAUAGACCAGUCAGCGAUGAUGGUUCCGAUCUGCCUCUGGAAAGUCGCAUCGAGGUAGUGGAGAUUGGCCGGGGUAUGAAAGAUGCUGCAAUGAGUCAAGACUUUCGUCGCACCUACGAUCCAAUUCCAUAUGGUUCGACACUGGGAUUGGCCAGUGUGGAAUCAGUCCCCUACCCCUUGACAGAAAACUAUGAAGUUCGAUUGAUGCAAUAUUACAUAACUUAUAUGUGCACCUGGUUCGAUCUCUGCGAUUCUAGUCGUCAUUUCGCCAACAUCGUGCCUCCUCGAGCAGCAUCUUGUCCAACCCUUCUCAACGCCAUAUUUGCUCUCUCAUCCCGCCAUCUCAGCCUUGUCGGAUCCUACGAUCCUUACGCCUCUGACCGAUACCAUCAAGCAUGUCUAAAGCGCCUGUCAACCAUCUCAAGCGAUCCUUCAGCUCUCAACGACGAUGACUUACUCGCAGCCACGAUCCUUCUUCGAACGCUAGAAGAACUCGAUGUUCCUCUCAUCGGCACAGAUCACGAAGGCCAUCUGCUAGGAAUACAGCUCUUUAUGAAUACUUGUAAAUCUACGACACCGAGUAGUCUGCGCUUGGCUUCUUUCUGGAUUGGGAUGCGACAAGAAGUGACAAUGAGCUUCGCCAGUCAAAGACCGGUCAAGAUCAGGCUCGAUCACGAGUUUAUGGAUCGGUCGCUUUCGCCGGCUGAUGAUGAUACCUGGGCGAAUCGGAUUGUCCUCCAUAGCGCAGAUGUGAUAAACUACUGUUUUGGAAAUACUGGUCCAAACAGACUUCGAUACCAAGAACUCGUCGAUUAUAACCAAGCCUUGGGUGAAGCUUUUCCGCAUAUUGUCUACUUAAAUAAUGCAGUUGUUAUUGGCCAAGUGCAUGGCUUCUUCGCACGUAUCCUCCUUAUGUGCCACGAUGAUCGCGCACCACGAAUCGGACCAGCUGCCCAACUAGCUCAGAAGGAAAUAGAUAACGAUAUACGGUCACAAGUCCGAGAACUUUGCGGAAUAGCCCUGUCAAAUCCAUCCACCAGACCAGCCAUGUUCACAGCUUGUAUGGGGGUCACAGCAUGUGGAGGACGAUUUAUUGAGAAACAAGAUCAGAUGGCGCUAUUGGACAUUUUGAUCUUGACGGAAAAGACCCACAAUUGGCCCACGGCGUCAGCACAGUCGCAUUUGAAGAGGGCCUGGGGAUGGGAGGAUUCGACAUUACCUGGAGACUACCAUUACAAUGACGUAUAG